CAAACUCAAAAUCUCUCAAUCCCCAAAUUUUCUCUUUCUAUCUCUCUCACACUCCAUUGAAACACAUCAUUCCUUUCUUGAUUAGGGUUCUUUGUUAUCACUAUCGCUACUGCAAUCUUUCAUUAUCACUAACUCUGAAUUCAAUUUCAUAAUCGAUUCAUUCUACCCAAUUUGUUUUCUCUUUGCGACACUCUUUCCUUCUCUUCAUCAUAACGCAACACGUUCGUGUAACUCGUUCACUCCACUCGCUCCGUAACUCGUUCUCCAUUUUUUCAUCAUGCCGAAGGCUAAACUUGAUAACAGGGCACCACAAUGGGCUAGUGUGAACUUAGGAAUUUUCAUUUGCAUGCAAUGUUCAGGGAUUCACCGGAGUCUUGGAGUGCAUAUAUCAAAGAUACGGAUAAUGUGAAGUCAAAUAAGCCCUGGGAAGCUAAACUGCCACCAUAUUUUGACAGAAAUGGAUGUGGAAUCCAGAAGUUUAUCCGUGCCAAAUAUGUGGAGAAACGAUUUACAAGGUGAACUACAAGCUACAAAGUCAGCUGAAAUAAAGUUGAACUUGAACUUCAAAAUUUCACCACCUACUGGGGCCAAGAAUGGUAUUCAACAAACUAGGAGAUUGUCUCUUGAGGAAAGCAUUCUUGUGAAUCACAUGGCACAAAUUCGGCCUCCAAUACCAAAAUUUAAUGAGGGUCCCUUAGAUUUAAAAAUGAAGAAUUCACCACCAAUAAAGAGGCCAUCAGCAUCACUUGAUUUUGAUAAACCCAUUGGAAAUAGCAACGGUACCGUCGAUCUUUUUAACUUGCUUUCCUUCGACGACGAUAAAAAGAAUAUAUCAACUACACCUUCUAGCUGGACAACAUUUGAUUGAGAAGGUGUGCAAAUUGUUUAUAGAUUUGUUGAGCUAGCUUUUUGGAUAGAUGUCACAAGAUUAUGGUUAAAUCAUCAAGCUGUGUUGGUCUG